AUGGGUCUCCCCAUCAGUUCGGACGCAGAAGAGAUAAACAGAGCGACGGGCGCAUUGCUCCAGAAUACUGCGACGUCCCUGUCAACGUUUGCGUCAGAUAUCUCGCUUAUACAGCGGGGCGUUGGGCUAUGGGACGGGAAUGUCUCCUCGAAGAGUUUAAUCCACGACCCCGGGACGCGGCCACCGCGGGACGAUGUCUAUGGCUUGGAUUUCACGGCUUUCCCGACCUGGGCGAGGAUCGAGAUACCGACUGUGCAUGUUUAUGGGGCGAAGGAUCCGCGGUGGCCGGCGGGGGUGCAGUUGGCGGAGUUUUGUGUCGAUAGGGUUGAGUUUGAUCAUGGGGGUGGGCAUGAUAUUCCACGGGGCUCGGUGGUUUCGGAGAGGAUUGGGGGGUUGGUUGAGGGGUUGAUGAGGAGGAUUUAG